UGUAGAUUGUUUUCAUAGCAACCCAAGAGUAAUUUACUAGAGCGAGCGGCGUCGUGGUGAUCUCGCUGGCAAGCGAUGGGAGGAGGACGGCGAGCUGAGCUGAAGGAGGGCGAGGCGUCCACAAGCAGGAGGCUGCCCAGUGAAUCGGGGAGACAACGCGAGGCAUCUCCGACGGCGUGGGCCGGGCCGCCGGGCGCCGUGCUUCCUCAAAUUCGCGUUUCAGCCAUGCAUCCCGUUUGUCGCUUCCCUCGAUCUCGACGGCUCUAUGAUCACCUGUGUUCUCUUCCUCCAUGUACUAAGCCACGACGAGAUGGUGGAGAGGCGAACCUCAAAUGCGCAACAUCUGAUCUUGCUUGCUGGGUUGCUAUUCCUGGACCAUUGAAUAGUACUCAGAGCAUACACCUAUUCGUGCCUCAUUAUGCUGCACUUGGAUGAAGUUUCCUAGAAUAGUUGGCAGUUUACAUUGACAUGGCAGGCAGGGAUGUGGAAUGACAAAAGAUGAUACUCCCUCCGUUCUAAAAUAGAUGACUCAACUUUAUACUAACUUUAGUAUAAAGUUAGUAUAAAGUUGGGUCAUCUAUUUUGGAAUGGAGGGAGUAUUUUGGAAGAGCUGGUUCUGGAGCUGAUGUAUACGUACUUUGAGUACUUCCAAUAAUGUUUUCUACUUCCAAAGUUGUUUGGGUGGUAAAUUAUUUUACAAGUUUGCAAGCAUAUAUUUAUUAAUUUUCCACCCGUUGCACCGCACAUGCCUUUUGGCUUGGCCUUCGCCCUCCACGCACGCCAGCUGCGGUGGAAGGCUAGCUCCUACAGCUCUGUAGUGAGGCACGCAGAGAGUGACGACAACUUCUGAAGCCAUGGCUAGCCUGUGAUUAUCAGAGUGGCGAUGAGUGUGAUUUGGAUACCUGUUUUGUUUGCUCCUUCUGUUUUGAUUUGAGUUGAUGGGGAUGAGAUGUGACCCUGCUGUUGGGCGUCGCAAAUGCCACGGCUCCAUGUAUGCCCCAGCUUUGGUGAUGC